ACGACCGGUGAUCUGCCACCCAAUACGAAGGGAGGUGCAUUCGUGCAUGAUCCCAAUGCGAGUCUCGAUGUGAUGCUCCGUCGACGGAGCCCGCGUUGAUGAGCGCUCGCAGAUGUCGUCAGAGAACAGCGUCGUAGGCGAAGUGAAGUUGCGCUUCAGGAAUAUUCAGGGCAGGCGUAUGACGACGGUGCGCCGUUUGCAAGUCACCAAGAAGAAAGGCGGCGGCUUGACCAUGAAGUCGCUCGAGGCGACGAUCUCUUUCGACGAAGAAGGCAAGGACGGCAGAUCCAAGCAAGGGAGACAGACACUCUCAACAAAAGCGGCAGAGCUUGAUGAAGAGGUGCCCAUACACCUCGGCGUGUCCAAGGCGAUCCUCGAGAACGUCAUCUUUUGCCAUCAGGAAGAUUCAAAUUGGCCUCUGUCUGAGCCGUCGAUACUCAAGAAGAAGUUCGACGACAUCUUCGAGGCUACAAAAUAUACGAAAGCCCUAAAGAGCAUACAAGACACUCGCAAGGAGAGUGUUGUCGAGCUCAAGAUCGAAAAGGAGCGCGAAUCUGCCCUCAAGAUUGACCGGGAGCGAUCAGAUAAGAUCGAACGGGGACUCGAAAAGCUGGACGGUGAGAUCGAGCGCAAGGAAGCUCAACUCGAGCGACUUACGGCCGACAUCCGGAAGCUCGACUCUGACACAAAAGACUUUUACGAGCGAGCGGUCAAGCACAACGACAUUAUCAGCAAAGCGCAGACUUUGCAGCAUCGGAUGACGACCACUCGAGAGACUAUGGCCAAUCUCGAGACCAACAUGACGCUACUAGAAGAAACCGACGACGAGCUCACUGCUAAGAUGCAAGGCUUCCAGCAGACGCUUGAGACGAACGGGGAGAGACGCAGAGAGAAAGCCAGGGCAAAAGCGAAAGAGGAAGAUGUUUAUGCUCGCUUGGGUUCGAGUCUGAACGCUCGCGCUACCGAACUCGGCAGUCUGUCGGCACGCCUGCAGGAACAGGAUACCGCUCGACAAGAGCGUGCGACGCUCGUGCAGGAAUUGGGCAUUCGUCAUGACAUCAGCGGCUUCUCAAGCAGUCAGAUCAGUGAUGAUAUGGUCGUCGACUUCCGCCGUCGUCUACAAAAUGCCUAUCGAGCGCUCGAGUCAGAGAUUGCCGCCCUCAAAAUCACUCACAAGCGCAAACAGGGAAGCAUCGCGGAUGCUCGACGUAAGCUCGAAUCCGAUCAGAGCAACGAGCAAGCUCUGCGGCGUGUGACAGGCGAGAAGACCGCUCGCACGCAACAGAGCAUCAAAAUCACAGAAGAGAGCAUACGUGCGAUCGAUAUCAACGAGACCGCCAUCGCUUUCACUGAAGCCGAUCUCAAGUCUGCCAAGGAUCGGCUCAUGCUUGCCGAAAAGGAGAUGAAAGACGCCAAUUACGAUGCUACGAUAGCUCAGUUGCAAUUUGACGAUCGCGAGCUCGAGGACAAGCGCGAAACAGCUCAGAAAGAAUUUGCCAGCUUGCAGAGUCAGGCUGGCGUUCGAGCUGAGCUGGCUAUCAAGCGACAAGACGCGGGUCGUCGUCAGACUGCACUUGACAAGCUUAUCGCAGACAACAAUGUAAAAGCGACAGCGCUGCUCGGCGGCGGAAUUGUCAGCGCUACAUUCGACGAGCAGGUCAGUACAGCGCUCGCGGAUAAAUCAGAACAGCUGGCCGUCGUCCAACGUACAGCUGCGGUAAGCGAACGUCAGCAGAAAGAUUGCAGCGAGACAAUCUCGCGAUUGCGCCGCCAAGUCGAUCGCCUGCUCGAGGAUCAACGGUCGAAGCAGAAGGAGAUCAAAGACGGACUUGCUGAUACUGACGGCUACGCCAGCAUCGCCGAAGCCAUCGAAAGGGAUCGAGCAGAGCUACAAUCAAGCCAAGACGAACUUGGACGACAACAAGUCUCGAGCGGCUUCUAUGAUAAUCUGCUCGAGUACGGCAAGAAAGGAAGAUGUUUCUGCUGUCGAAGACCGAUGAGCCCAGAAGCAAUACUUGUGCACGACAAGAACUUGCGUGACAAAAUCAGAGACAUACCUGACCAGAUCAAGCAACUCGAAGGAGAGCGUGAUUCGUGGCAGACUUUUCUGGCUGAUUGGGAGAGGCUUUUGCCAAUCGAGAACGAUCUCAAACGAUUGGAGGAAAUUGAUCUGCCUAAAGCUCAGACGGAGCUGAAGGGUGCAGAAGACAAACUUACGGCUGCUGAUUAUGACCUCGAAUCAGCCCGCGGUCGCAUGUCCGAUCUCAAGCUUGGGGUAUCUGACCUGCAAGUCCUCAAACGUGCAGCCAUCGAUAUGGCUCGCCUUGGCCGAGAGCUGCAAGGACUGAACGCCGACGUUGCUGAUCUGGAGACAUCGCUCGCCCAUACCGGUUCGAUUAAGACUGUGGCGGACGUACAAACGGAGCUAGAUGCUUUGAGCGGACAAAUGAAGGAGAAGAAACGUGAGAUGCAAUUGCUGGCAAACAAGAAAGACCAACAGAACAGGCUUAUCACUGGCAUGCGAGAAACGGUCUCGACAUGUCAGAUGAAAUUGAACCAGCAGAAGAACGAUCUAGCUCGACGUGCAGAGCUGCAAAACACAUUGGCCGCUGCGCAGAAGGACGUUGGUGCUUCGAAGAUAGCGAUGGAAGAAGGGAGACAGCGUCUGCAAGCCAUGCAAGGUCCUCUCGAUGCAGCGCGUGACGAGCUCGAGCAAGCCUUGGCAGAUCACAGCAGCGAAGUUGCAGUGCAUACUACGAAGCUUGGCGGCCUCGAUAAGAGCUUGAGCUCACUGGAUGCCCUCGCUCAGCGGGUACAGCGGUACGAGACCGAUGGUACGGAGGCCAAGCUGCGGGCAUGUGAGGCUGCGAUCAAAGACAUCGAAGCUCAGCGCAAAGGCGGUCAAAAGACUAUCAAAGCUCUUACUGAUGAGAUAGCUGCGCUCGACAAGCAGUCAUCUGAAGCCCAGUCAUACCAACGCAAUUUGGAAGACAACCAGCGUUAUCGGAACUACAAGAAGGAGCUAGCCAAGUCGAACGAUGAGCUGUCCGAUCUCGACGUGGAAUCUGCCAAUCGUGCCAAGAAGCAAUUCGAAGCGUCUUACACUGCCUCGCGUGCAGAGCAAGAGAGCAAAUCUGGUCAGCAAGCCAAGCUGGCUGGGGAGCUCGAGAUGUCUCGACAACAGCAGAAGGAGCGCCGCGGUGAGCUGGACGAGGAGUACAAGGACAUCAGAAAGCGUCACCUCGAUCAAGUCAUCAACGUCAAGACGCUCGACAUGGCCAUCCACGACAUGGAGAAGUACGGCAAAGCACUCGACAGCGCUAUCAUGGCCUAUCACAGUGCUAAGAUGCAAGAGAUCAAUAACAUCAUCCGCGAGCUCUGGACGAAGACGUACACCGGCUCGGAUAUCGACAAGAUUGCGAUCGUCUCCGACGGAGAUGGCGCGACGAAAGCUCGAACGUACAACUAUCGUGUGGUCAUGGACAAAGACGGCGUCCAGAUGGACAUGCGAGGAAGAUGCUCGGCCGGGCAGAAGGUUCUGGCCUCCAUCAUCAUUCGACUCGCGCUCGCAGAGUCAUUCAGCGCGUCCUGCGGCAUCAUGGCUCUCGAUGAGCCCACAACCAAUCUCGAUCGUGCAAACAUCGCCUCGCUCGCUAUUGCGCUCAGCGACAUCGUCAAAGAACGCAAGAAUGCUAAAUUCCAGCUGAUCAUCAUUACCCAUGACGAAGAGCUCCUCAACCAUCUUGGCGGAAGCUCUCAUAUCGAUCGGUACUACUACGUCAAGCGGGAGAACAACCGGUCUGUCAUCGAGAAGCGCAAUCUGCACUCUGGCUUGUAAACCUCACGCGACUUGGGUUGAAUUGUGCUGUUGUAUCUCGCCCGUAGCGCUUGCAUU